AUGGCGUUCCAAGCGACGAGCGGGGCAGUGGACCUCCCGCCAGCCUUUUACCCCCGACAACCUAUCCCCACGCUCCUCACGCUCGAGCUCGCGCGCAACUCGCACCUCGCGCACGCGCUGCGCCCGCAGCUGACGAUGAGCAUGGUCGGCACGCUGCGGCUCGGCGCGGCGCCGCCCCAGACCAUCAUCUACGUGUCCGUGUCGCUCGAGCAGGGCCUGGCGCUGUGGGCGCGCGAUGCGGCGGUGGCGCACGCCGCCGAGGGCGACGCCAACGAGAGCGACCCCACCACCAUGCAGCGCAUGCCGGGCGGGACGUACACCCUGCCUCUGAGCGUGCAGGUGCCCGCUACGCCGCGCCUGCCGCCGAGCUUCGCCGUCCCCGGGGCGCACUUUGCCGUGUCGUACGCGCUCGAGGUCGCGCUGACUGUCGACGCUGGCGCUGCCGGCGGGCGGGUAGUCCUCGCGCACGCCGCGCGCAGCUUCGACAUGCUGCCCGAGACGCUGCCGACCCCGCCGCCAGCAGAAGUGUGCCAUGCGCUCUGGGUGCCCGGCGCCGUUGGUGACGGCGCAGCAGCGGCUCGGUGGCGCCUGACCCCGAGCCUGCCGACGUCGACGUACUCGCCGACGUCGAGCAUUCCGCUUCAGCUACGCAUCGAGCCGCCACCAGAAGGGAGCGCACGGCGCGCGCUCGUCCGCGUGUCGCUCGUGCGGCGUGAACGCUCCGACGCGCAGCGCGCCACGAUCGACGUGUCCUCCGCGUGGGGGUGGGUCCGCCCAGCAGCCGGCACGGCGACGACCGUGCGCUACGCUCUGCCGAUCAUGACGGCCGCGACGUGGGCGCACGGGUUCAGCACGGUGCUGAAUGUCGACGCGGCGCACGGGUCAGGGGGGGGCAUGACGGUCAUCGUGUCGUCGACGUUCCACCUGCUCGUGCAGGCCGUGUUUCUGGCCGACGACGAGGCUCUGGGCGCCUGGUUCGAGGAACUGGGCGAGCAGCCUUUCGAAUCAGGCCAGUUCUCGCGGGCGCGGGCCGGCGCAGCGGACGACAAGGCGGCAUGGGACGCCCUCGUAGCGCGCCACUCCGCGGCCCAACGUACCCUCUCCUUGCCCGUCAUCCUCGGGUCAGUCUCAGAGCCCCGUGGCGCCCUGCACGCGUACCACUGGUCCGACCUCCUCCUCGGCGCAGACGGCUCCGCGGGCCGCAUGGUCGAGGGCGAGGCCUUCAGCUCCGAGGACGGGUGGAUGUGCGCGCCGCCUACAUACUCGCAGGCAUUGGACGACAUCCCCUAUGUGUAUUAA